AUGCCAACCCAAACUACAAAUCAAAUCAUGGUAGUAACUAUAGAACAAAGAUAUAAACAUAGAUAUAAAUUUCAUCACGAUUUUGAAAGAAUAUUAAGAGUAUUCAGAAAGGUGUUUUAUGAAAGAUGGAGGAAAACACAUGGUAAAGACUAUGUUGAAAAUGCAGAACAUGGUGAGAUGGUUAGAUUGGGAACAUCGUCGUUCAAUAAGAUAAUGAGUGUCGUUAGUAUGAAGAAGCUCUGUAGUGGUCGUACCGUAGAAUGGGAUUACAUAAUUUGGUAUAACGUUCUUUCAAACUACCAAUGGAAGAACAUACCAGAGAGACAACUGAUCGCACAGAAUGAAGAUAUCACUAAAUUGACAAAUCUAAUGAAUCGUUACUUCUUCUGGGACGACUCAAAGAAGAAGGUAAAGCAGCGUCGAUGCAGUCUGAAUCUAUUUCAUGGCUGUCGGAGUUGUCCUCACGAAGAAGACUUUAAAGUCUGGGAUUAUAUGACAAAGGUGCGUGAGCACAACACCGACGUGUUGGUGAGAAUCGACCGGACGAUGACCAACAAAGAUUGGUCGGAUGUGUGGCGUGCGUUCCAACAGAACGACGACAACUACCAAGCAGCUCCACUCUACAAUGACGAUGAACUCAACGAGAUGGAACCAUCGAUGGCCUACAAGAAGCAGGCAGACGAACAAAUGACAAAAGGUAACUUUGUCCUAGCAAUUCACUUGUUGACACUGGCACUCGACUAUCGUGGUGUAACCGAGCAUCAUUUGGCUGGACUGUUUGAGCAGCGCGCAACUUGUUAUGUCCUUUGGAUGGAAAAGAAUAAGAUGGCAAUCAAAUCAUUUGGUAAACUGGCAAAGCGUGACAUUCAGAGAUCUCUUGCCAUUCGACCAUGUCAUGCCGCUUCCUACUCAGUGUUGGCGCGUUGUCAUGAUAUCAUAAAUCGUCUUGACAAAGCUGCUAAAGCUGCCUACUUCCACAAGACGGCACUCCUACUCGAUCCAAAGAAUCAAGCUUUCUUGGACGCCAAGAAACGUUCGGAGGAGAUGGCGAAGAGGUAUCUUCCAUAUGCUAUGCCAAUUCAUCCAUUGAGUAUCGAUCCAUUCGUCAUGUCAAGAGGUGAUCUCCCCACAAGAGAACAUAUGGAUAUCUUCCAAAGCCUGACUGAAGUGGAACUGGCCAGCUACUACGAUGUUCACAAGGCGACAGAGUUUGACGGUUCCAAAGCUCGACGUGAACACUACGACAAAUCAACAGAGGAAUUUCAACAACCUUCUAUCUCCAAAGCGAAGGAGGCGAUUGAUAUAUAUAGGAAGUCUAUCAAAGAGCGAACGAUACACGCCGAGUGUUAUGUUCGUGUCGCUUGUCAGUAUUUGGAUGGAACUCUUCGUAAUGAACCAGGUGCCAGAGAUAAAGCAGUGGAAUUGUUAAAGAUUGCCAUUCAACAAACUUUUGUUUUGUCAACCGGUUUCAAAAUCAACAAUGGAGUGGGUGAAGCGUAUCUUCUUCUUGGAAAGUUGGCAUUGGGCGAUAAACAAUCGGAACAAGCGAUCGAUUACUUCCACAAAGCAAUCGAGAACAACGAUGGUUGUCUAACUCUUUCAAGUGCAGCAUUCCAACUUGGAACAGUGUAUAUCAAGAGUGGUGGCGACAGCAACAACAUCGAGGUCGAGAGAGGUUUGGCAAUAUUGAAAGUAGCAGCAGACAACGGAAGUAAAGAAGCUGCCGUUUCACUUCGUGACUACUAUCUCCAAACGAAUGGUGUCGAUUCACCACUGACUAAAUAUUGGACAUCGUGGGUCAAAAUUCCACCCAGAUGGAAUGCUGAACCACCUAUCGUAUUCCCAGGUAGCGAACUUCAACAACCAUUGUCCAGACCAACUGAUGCUAAUGAUAAGAAAAUCAUCAGCUAUUUCCGUUCACUGCUUUUGAAGAACGCCAAGAGUGAAGUGGAAAUUCCAAAGACUGCAAAGAUGACAUUCGAGACGAAAUUCCCAAAGCCAAAGUUUGCACGAUUCACAGUCGAGGAUUUCAAAGUGUCCUCAAAGGGAUCGUUGGAUAUGGGAGAUGUCGGUCCGAUGGCAGGCUUAGACUUCAAAGCGCUGGGCAUGCCAAAGGUCUACGAGAAAUGCUAUAUCGUCGGUACAAUGAGAGAACCGGCACUCUGCAAAGGCACCUCUGUCGAACUGUUGAUACAAGACGUACUGAAUACCGCCAUGAGAGUGGAGGUUCGUGGUUACAAUCCACGAGUUUUCAAGAUCGGUUGUAAAUACGCAUUCUUUACUAUAACCACCUGUCAAUCAAAGUUUGAUGGUGCCGACCUGUGGUAUUCAGAAUACAUUGCUGUCGGUGGUGCUCCAUCAUCUGAUUCUCUGUGUCGCGCCUGUCUCAAGCCAUGCAAAUCGAAAUGCUCGAAAUGUCCAGCAAACUAUUGCGAUAGAGAUUGUCAAGUUUUGGAUUGGAAAGACUUGGAUCACAAAUCACUCUGUGGUGUUAGUUUACCACUCCAAAGAAUCGAAGAGAACAUCGCUAAAGAAUUUGAAAAUACCUUAAAGAUUGAUGAUAUCCCAUUAUAA